CCGCUGUACCGCGCCGCCCUGCCCCCGCUCGCCGACGGCGACCUCCUCUUCAAUGUCAACAGCGACAUCAGGUUCAACCCGCGGGCAGCCGAGCACACCGAGUGGCAAAAUGAAGAUAAUGAAGAAUUUUUGCCAACUGGAGAAACCUCCAUAGACUCCUACCCAAACUGGUUAAAAUUCCACAUUGGCAUUAAUCGGUACGAGUUGUAUUCCAGACAUAAUCCUGCAAUUGAGGCUUUACUGCAAGACCUGGUCUCCCAAAAGAUAACCAGUGUUGCGAUGAAAUCGGGAGGCACCCAGCUGAAGCUGAUCAUGACGUUCCAGAACUACGGACAAGCAUUGUUCAAACCAAUGAAACAAACCAGAGAACAAGAAACCCCACCAGACUUUUUUUAUUUCUCAGACUAUGAAAGACAUAAUGCAGAAAUAGCAGCAUUUCAUUUGGACAGGAUCCUGGAUUUCCGUCGCGUGCCACCAGUUGCAGGCAGACUGGUUAACAUGACGAGAGAAAUACGAGAUGUUACUCGUGACAAGAAGCUGUGGAGAACAUUUUUCAUCUCACCAGCCAACAACAUCUGCUUCUAUGGGGAAUGCUCCUACUACUGCUCAACAGAGCAUGCCCUGUGUGGAAAACCAGAUCAAAUCGAAGGGUCUUUGGCUGCUUUCCUACCUGAUUUGUCUUUAGCUAAAAGGAAAACCUGGAGAAACCCUUGGAGACGUUCCUACCACAAGCGCAAGAAAGCAGAAUGGGAAGUUGAUCCAGAUUACUGUGAAGAGGUUAAACAAACACCCCCGUAUGACAGUGGGACCAGAAUUCUGGAUAUAAUGGAUAUGACAGUUUUUGAUUUCCUAAUGGGUAACAUGGAUCGACAUCACUAUGAAACCUUUGAGAAGUUUGGAAAUGACACAUUUAUUAUCCACUUAGAUAAUGGAAGAGGGUUUGGAAAAUAUUCCCAUGAUGAACUUUCUAUAUUGGUGCCUUUAAACCAGUGCUGCAGAAUAAGGAAGUCUACCUAUCUGCGAUUACAGUUGUUAGCCAAGGAGGAAUACAAACUCAGUCUCUUGAUGAAGGAAUCUUUACUAAAAGAUAAAAUAGCUCCCAUUCUCUACCAGCCUCACUUGGAGGCAAUGGACAGGCGGCUGCGUAUUGUCCUCAAGGCUGUUAGUGACUGUAUAGAAAAGGAUGGUUAUGGCAAUGUGGUUGAAAAUGACUUUAACACUGAUGUUAACACUGUUACGACUGAGAGGUAGUGAAAUGGCAAGACUACGUUUUUACCAGCCAAGUGAAGAAGAUUCAAAGAGGAAAAAGAAAAAAAAA